UGUGGCAACGCCAAACAUCUGGCAACGCCAGAAGUCGCCGGAGUUGAGAAAACAAAAUUUCAGCAAAUGCUGUAAGAAAUUACUGAAUAAUUGGUUAAAACAAAUAAAAUGUGAAUAGCGUACAGUAAAUACCUUGCUGUGGCCUCUAUAAUGCAGGCGAGAGUGUAAUUGUGGGAAAGAAGCUGUUGCUGAUGUGAGCAUAAUUGAUAUGAACUGCGGACGCAGCGCAGCUAUCGCCUGGUGGCCAAUCGACGCGGCGGCCAGAAUCUCGUCUACAACGGGCACAUGUACACUGUCGAGCGCAAAUAUCUGACCACCAUCAACUGGGUGUGCACCAAGAACAGCAAUGUGAAGAUCCGCUGCCCGGCACGCUGCGUCACAACAGCUGGCAGCAGCGGCCGCAACAGCAUCAAGCUGAGCCAUCGCAAGCACAAUCAUGCCAGCAAUUCGUUCAAAAUGCACAAGCCUCGGGCAGUGUUGCCAGCUUUAUCCAAAAUUAAAAGUAGCAGCAGUUAGCUGUAAAUUGUCAACAGGACGGCUGGUAAUUGUCAUUGAGCUACCAGUAACCUAGUUAGUUUUAAGAUUUUAACUGUUUGCGGCGAAAGUUGAAUGUUGCCAGAUUUAGCUAGAAAAUAACUCAUUUAACAAUA